CGGCGGCGCUGCCCCCGCUCGGCCCCUUUGCCGUGUCGGCCCUCGCGGAGAGAGCAUCGCGCGAGCGCCGCCGCCGCCGCCGCCGCCACCGCCUUUUCCCCCCCCUUCCUUUCCCCCCGGAGCCGCCGCCAUGGCCAAGGCCGAGUCCCCAAAGGAGCCGGAGCAGCUCCGGAAGCUUUUCAUCGGCGGCCUCAGCUUUGAAACCACAGACGAGAGCCUGAGGAGCCACUUCGAGCAGUGGGGGACCCUGACGGACUGUGUGGUGAUGCGGGACCCCAACACGAAGCGCUCGCGGGGGUUCGGGUUCGUCACGUACUCCUCGGUGGAGGAGGUGGACGCCGCCAUGAACGCGCGGCCGCACAAGGUGGACGGGAGGGUCGUGGAGCCCAAGAGGGCCGUGUCCAGAGAGGACUCCCAGCGGCCCGGCGCCCACCUGACGGUGAAGAAGAUCUUCGUGGGGGGCAUCAAGGAGGACACGGAGGAGCAUCACCUGCGGGACUAUUUCGGGCAGUACGGCAAGAUCGAGGUCAUCGAGAUCAUGACCGACCGCGGCAGCGGCAAAAAGCGCGGCUUCGCCUUCGUCACCUUCGACGACCACGACUCAGUCGACAAGAUCGUCAUCCAGAAGUACCACACGGUGAACGGGCACAACUGCGAGGUGCGCAAGGCGCUGUCCAAGCAGGAGAUGGCGAGCGCCUCGGCCAGCCAGCGAGGCCGCAGCGGCUCCGGGAACUUCGGCGGCGGCCGCGGAGGAGGAUUCGGCGGCAACGACAACUUCAACCGCGGCGGCAACUUCGGCGGCCGUGGUUACGGGGGCGGCGGCGGCCCCGGUUACUCGGGUAACCGCGGCUACGGCGGCAGCGGCUCCUACGACGGCUACAACAACGGCGGCGGCGGCUUUGGCGGCGGCAGCGGCGGCAGGAGACCCGCCCGGGGGCCAGCGCUGGCCGUGCGCAACGGGCUGGCCGAGGCGGGCACAGGCAGCAAUUUCGGGGGCGGGGGCAGCUACAACGACUUCGGCAGCUACAACAACCAGGCCUCCAGCUUCGGGCCCAUGAAGGGCGGCAGCUUCGGGGGGCGCAGCUCGGGGCCCUACGGGGGAGGUGGUUAUGGAAGUUCCAGCGGCGGCAGCUACGGAGGAGGGAGGAGGUUUUAAUGUCCAGGCCGGCGCUCCCUGAUCCUCCCGUGUCGUCCCGCAGGACCCGGAGCUGGGCGGGAGCGGGGCCGGGGAUGGAGCCCCCCGGGACCCCCCUGGAGCCCCCCCGGGCCCCCCCCGGAGCCCCCCCCGGCCCCCCCGGGG